AUGAAGCAACACAAGUAUAAGGGCAGCUUGGAGCCUUGGACUGCAUGUGUUUAUGGACUGAUGUCAACCCAAGACAAGGGCAGUCAACCCGAGAUUUCUUGUAUCCCACUGUACUCCUUUGGUAAUAUACAAGAAGGACAAGAAGCUGUGGUUAUUGACGAUAACAAUGAAGAAGGAGAAAAUGAUAAAUUAGAUGAAGAUGAUGAAUUCCAUAUUCCAAAACGGAAUAAAACUUCUGAAGCUUGGGAGGACUUCAACGAAUUUGAAGAAAAUGGCAAUUACUAUGCCAUUUGCCGUUACUGCAAUAAAAAGCUAUCGAGGGGUAAAUCAAAGCAAACAACUAGCUUGUGGCGGCACCGAAACUCAUGUCCAUCUAGAAAAGAAAGUUUAAGACAAGCUGCACAACAAACGAAACUGAACUUUCAGCCGGCUGAUGAUGCAUUUCCUUCUAUACCACCGUUGCAUACCGGAAAAUUUGACAUGGAGAAAAUGAGAGAAGCCGCUGCACAUUGGAUUGUGAUGCACGAACAUCCCUUCACCAUUCUUGAAGAAGAAGGUUUGAAUAUUUUCCUAAAGCGUGGCAUGCCCGAGUGGCAAAAGAUCAUUAGAGGAGUUGCAAAAAAUGAUUGUGUGGCAGUCUAUGAACUUGAGAAAAAGAAGCUGAAGAAAAAGUUAAGAAAUGUGAAAAAGGUAAGCCUCACAACCGAUCUUUGGAAAUCUAAAAAUCAAAAGAUCGAAUAUAUGGUUAUUACUGGCCAUUGGAUUGACUCAGAUUGGAAGCUACAAAAGAGAGUGCUCAACUUUGUUCACAUACCACCUCCUAGACGAGGGGUUGAGAUUGCUGCUUCACUCUUCAAGUGUGUGAAGGAUUGGGGUAUUGAGCAAAAAAUACACACAAUUUCAGUUGAUAAUGCUUCAGCCAAUGAUGUGGCUAUUAGAGUUUUGCGGGUUGAUUUUAGUAGAUCGAAGAAACUAUUAGGUGGCGGCAAGUUGUUUCAUGUUCGAUGCUGUGCGCACAUCUUGAACCUUAUUGUUCAAGUCGGCCUUUCUGAGAUUGCGGACAUUGUAAACAAAAUUAGGGACAGCGUCGAUUUUGUCAAUCGCUCAGAGACCAGAUUAUUGUUGUUCGCUGAGAUUUCACAACAACUUCAAAUACCCGGGAAAAAGUUGCUUUAUGAUUGUCGAACAAGAUGGAAUGCCACCUUCGAAAUGCUAAGCUGUGCUAUGAAGUUCAAAGAUGUUUUUCCUCGUUUUCAAGAUAGAGAUCCACUCUAUGAUUCCUGUCCAGCUUAUGAGGAUUGGGAAAAAGCAGAAAAAGUGUGCUCUGUGUUAGAGAAAUUUUGGGCAGCCACGCAUGUGAUAUCCGGGAGUAAAUAUCCUACGAGCAAUUUAUUCCUUCAAGAGGCUGUGAAAAUUAAGAAACUCUUAGAUUCUCGAGAAAAUGAUGAAAAUGACUUCAUCCGAGCUAUGAUUAGAAAGAUGAAGUCCAAGUUCGACAAAUAA